AUGUCCGAAAAACUUCAGAGCGAGCUCGUUGAAUCGAACUCGGACCAGGCCUCGGGCCGAGUCGAGUCAGCUCCCAAAACGAGCGUCGCAAAUGUGGAUGUCAACGCGCCUCGCGCGAGAUACGCCUUUGGAUACCAAGGCAAAACCUUGAUGAGAACCAUUUCGACUUGUGGUGCCAUUGGCUUCCUCCUGUUCGGUUAUGAUCAGGGUGUCCUCGGGGGCAUCAACACCUCUCAAGACUUCCUUGACCAGAUGGAUAACCCAUCAAACAGCUUGCUUGGGACGAUCAAUGCAAUCUACGAAAUCGGUUGCUUUGUCGGAGCCAUCAACGUCUUCCUCGUUGGCGAGAAGCUUGGUCGGCGAAAGUGUCUUUACAUCGGAGCCGUACUCAUGGCCAUCGGUGCCAUUAUCCAGGCUACAUCUUUCCAUGUCCCUCAGAUGAUUGUUGGCCGAAUUGUUUGUGGAUGGGGUAACGGCUUCAACACAGCAACGACACCGCUCUGGGUAAGCGAGCUUAGUCCCGCCAAGUCCCGCGGACGUCUAGUGGCCGUAGAGGGUAGCCUGAUCGCCUUCGGCAUUGUAAUUGCUUGCUACUUCAACAUUGGCAUGUAUUAUGCCAACGGGCCGGUCGUCUGGAGAACGCCAAUCGCAGCCCAGCUUAUCUUCAUUAUUGCCCAAGUUGCCCUUGUGGUGAUCCUGCCAGAGUCCCCUCGAUGGCUAUCCAAGCAUGGCCGCCACCAGGAAGCUAUCGAUAUUCUAGCCCAACUUAAGGGUCCUAAUACGCCGCUUGACGACCCUGCUGUUUUGAGCAAGAAAGCGGAAAUUGACCAGGUCUUGUCGGUUGAGCAGGCGGACGGUCCGAUGAGGGUUAAGGAGUAUAUCAGCAGUGGGCCUCUCAAGAUCCGUCGGCGGUACCUUCUAGCUAUCGGCGUCCAGGUUAUGCAGCAGCUUAGCGGAAUUAACCUCUUGGUCUACUAUUUCCCUCACAUCCUCACUUCCGACCUUGGUCAAAGCCACGCUACCGCCCUUCAACUCGCCGCCGGGCUCGCAGCCACGUAUUGGGUGUUCAGCCUAAUCCCUUGGUUCUGGCUAGAUAGAAUAAGCCGCCGUAUGCCUCUCAUCGGCGGAGCCAUUGUCUGCUCUUUCUGCUUUUUAAUCGCCGCCAUCCUCCAAAGCAGCCCUACCGACGGGCGUAUCAAGGCGUCACUGGCCUUUUUCUUCCUCUUCGAAGCGGUCUUCGCGAUUGGAUGGCUCCCAGUUCCCUGGCUCUAUCCAGCGGAGAUCAUGCCUCUACGCCACCGUACUCAGAGCGCUGCAAUCGCCACUGCCGCAGAUUGGAUUUUUAACUACAUGAUCGUGCAAAUCACGCCGAUCAUGAUCGGAAACAUCCGCUGGAAGUCGUAUCUUGUCUUCUUUGUUUUGAACUUCUGCCAUGGCAUUAUUGUUUUCCUGUUCUACCACGAGACUUCAGGACGCUCGCUCGAGGAGAUGGACUCGAUGUUUCUUGGCGAUAAUGACCGAGUGUUUGUUGUUGACAAGAAGGGCAAGCUCCUUCCUGGUUUCCGCGGACGCUACGAUGGCAAAGACGAGUAUGAUGUUGCCGAGGUUGGCCAGAAGAAUUAG